CCUUGCUCGCCGACAUAAUACGCAUAUGCUCGACCUGACGCAUAUAACUGGCUCCCCCGGUCCAUAUGGCCCGCCACUAACCAAACAUGUACCCUUACCCUUCAUACCAUUACUUCUAUCGCUGGCAUCGCCGUCCAUCGCGUCUCCUCUGGUUCGCACUCGGCGCAGGCGCAGCGACGCUCUUCAUGAAGCAUCGAGAGGCCGCCCGCAUGAAUGGGAAGUUCUACUGGGGUCAUUGCAUGCGACAUCCGGUAAACCAUGGACCCGUACCGCCACAAAGCCGGAUCGCCCAGUGGAGAGAAGAAACAGAGAAUUGGAAGCCAAGUGCAACCCCGGUUGCCCCGGCAGUUGGCUCGGUAUACGAGGGCAACAGUGUGAACGGGUGGCGCGAGCAGGAGUGGGAUGCAGAGAAGGAAAGGGUGAAAGCUUUUGGGAAACAGGCCCAAGAUGCUAUGACGGAGAUGUCGGAAGCUACGCUAGACUCCCUACUCACCACGGUGACUGCUCUCAAACAGAAACUUGCCCAACAUCGUGCCCAGCGAGAGCAGCAAGAGAAAUUGCUUGAGCAAGAGAUUGACCACCACAAGAAACACCCUCCGCCACCAUACCGACUCCUUGCUUUAAUUUUGCAUAAUCAUCUAUAAUUUUCCAGUAGUCUUCGCAACCCUGUAUUACCACCGAAUCCAUUUAUGUAUAGUCGUCAAUUAUUCAAGACUUUCUUUGGUCUACAUUCAUUCAUUCAUGGAUUUCAAUUUUGCGGAUGCAUCCAAUGUACUUGUG